GCAUUUUCGCGCAUGUUAACAUACUUAUUCGCAUCAUGCGACAUUACCCUAUCUUUGGAGACUGAAUCGAGCUCAUGGACACGUUCCGCUUCCGUCUGAAUUGCAUCGACCACUAUCAAGCUGCACCCACAGACCUUGAUCCUGUACUACGUCGUCAUGCAGGACCAUCACAACGCCAUAAUGCUCCCCAGGUUCCUAUAAUACGUGCAUUCGGAGCAACCGAAACGGGCCAGAAAGUAUGUGCACAUAUCCAUGGAGCACUCCCCUACUUGUACCUGGAGUACAGUGGAGGUUUGGACAAUGAAACUGUCGAUACAUACAUUUCCAAUCUCCGAGCUUCUAUCGAUCAUGCUCUCGCCACAGCCUAUCGACGAAACGCGUACGACGGGAAGUAUGUCUACGUUGGACACAUUACACUUGUCAAAGGCGUCCCGUUCUUUGGUUAUAGUGUUGGAAACAAGAUCUUCUUGAAGGUCUACUUGCUUAAUCCUCUCCACAUGACUCGUUUUGCCGACCUACUCUACCAAGGAGCCAUUCUGAAUCGCAAAUUUCAACCAUACGAGAGCCACAUGCAAUACAUCCUGCAGUGGAUGUGCGACUUCAAUCUUUAUGGAUGCGCGUACAUGGACUGCGCCAAGGUUCAAUUCCGCAGUCAUGUGCCCGAUAGUGAAGAGAUAGAUACGACAACACAUAAGUGGCACGAUGAAUCAAUUCCACCAGAAUAUGUCACUGAAUCAGAUCAAUAUCCGCGACUGAGCCAUUGCACCUUGGAAGUCGAUGUAUGCGUGCAGGACAUUUUGAACCGCCAUGAAGUACGCCCGAGGCAUAUUCACCAAGAUUUCUUGGAACGAUUCAACUUGGGCACUUCCGACGAAAAAUACGUCCCGUCCAUGGCCGGACUGUGGAGAGAUGAAACCCGUCGACGUAAAAUACGCAUGGGUUUGACAGAUCCCUCUAGUAGCCCCUUCCCACCUGAAGUUCUGGUCUCGAUGUCUGCUGAAAGUAGAUCUGAGAAAGGCGGAUGGAUACAUGAGGACGAAUUCAGGCAAGUUCUUGCUAAGUUGAUUCGUGACGAGAGGCUAGAGGAACCCAAACCGAGUUUUGACUCUUUCGUGAAGCAGCAGGAAGGAGAAGAUGCAAUCAAGACUGCCACCGAGAGUAUAGAGGACCUGUUCCCUGAAAAUCUCCUUUCUCAGCCAGAGGAAGACCCGGAAUUCGAGACUGUCACGGACAAUGAUUUCAGUGUUGCAGACGGCAGGGUCGGGCCCGGGGAACGAGAAGGGGCACUUGGCGAUUUUGCUGGGGAAGAUGAGGCAGACGCCGAAGUGGACUCAAAUGCGGAUGAACAGCCUCCUCAAGAUCCAUUGAGUGUUUCGGAGGCGCUGCACCGUUCCUCAGGAGAAGACGUCUUUCCCUUCGACGAUGAUUUCGACGAGGCUAUUAAUCUUGACGGAGACAAUGAUUUAAAUCUGGUAUCUAUCAAGGGACACAAACGGCCAAUUGAGUACGAUAAUGAAGAUGGUGACCCGCCAAAACGACAACGGAUCCUUACAGGAUCGAUCCUGGGUGCCCCUCGCCGUGUCUCGUUCCAAGCGGCUAGGAACGAUCAAGACCCUGUAGCACAAGGCCCGGAUCCAAUUGAUUCCGAAUUGAAAGACAUUAAACUCUCCCAGACAAGUAUCAAAGCGCAAGGCACGUCAAGACCAACUACUUCAUCCUUUCCAGUUGUUAAGAAUCCGAAUGCUCCCGAGACCUUACUUCGUUUAAGCCAGUCUGGCUACUCGAACUCCCAGGAGGCACCAAAAACCCCGUAUCUUAAGAAGGUCGACGAUUCUCCCUCGAUGACGCCCCCCAAAACGCCAUGGAGUGACCAAAAAGCGUCAUUGAAUUCGCCAGAGAAAAGCAGUGCCGCCUCUCAUGCAGAGGUCACUUCUCUAGUGGCUAAACUUCAAGAAGCAUUCCCACACUCCCCCCGAACUGUGUACUUCGCACAUCUGCCGCCAUCACAAGAGCUUGUUGAGAACACACUACAGCAAGCUGGCUUACCCUCAAGAAUUUACCAGUGUGCUUACUAUAGCGACGAACAAGAUGUUCCAGAGCGGCCAAGAUCUUAUGCUGGGCGUGAAUUCAAAUUACAAAGUAACACACUGCCGUUUUUACCGGAUUUUGACCCUACCGGAACAUCGCCAGCAAAUUUCGGAGAGGCGCCUGCAGUUGUCUUGGGAAAAGCGAAAGAGGCCACUGCCAGUCGCUUGCGGUCUCAGAAGUGUUCCUUCCGUCACUGGGAGAUUGCGAGCUUACCGCCCUCCUUCGCUGAGGUUGAGGCAUGGCACAGGGCUGAAGUUCGAAAUGGAUCACAGCCCAAAAAGAAAGAGAAGAAGGAGCUAAAAAUACGGCGGAAGCUAGAUGCCAGGGAUCUCUCCCAGAUCGACGGGCCUACGCAAAAGAACAAGCACGGGUUCAAAUACUCUCAGAAGCAACAAUCAACAAGCGUCAAACACGAAACUCAAUACAUGAGCAUAUUGAGUAUAGAAGUACAUGUCAAUUCCCGAGGCUCAUUGGUCCCAGAUCCAGCCGAGGACGAGGUGCAAUGUAUUUUUUGGUCCAUUCAGGGAGAAGAAGACGCAGUUGGCAAUGCCCCAAGGGUCGGCCUGCUCUGCCUCUCUGAUGAUGACGGCAUUGUCAACCGCAUUGCCAAGCAAUCACCCAUCGAGGUUGAAUAUGAGGAAGAUGAACUCGACCUCCUCAACCGAUUGGUAGAUCGUGUUCGUGAGUUCGAUCCCGAUAUCCUGACUGGUUAUGAGGUUCACAACAGUUCUUGGGGCUACCUUAUCGAGCGCGCACGUCUCAAAUAUGAGUACAAUCUGUGCGAUGAGUUCUCUAGAAUGCGAACGCAGUCUCAUGGCAAAUUUGGAAAGGACGCAGAUCGAUGGGGGUUCACACACACGUCAUCAAUUUCUGUGACCGGCCGUCAUAUGAUCAACAUCUGGCGAGCCAUGCGCGGGGAGUUGAAUCUGCUCCAAUAUACCAUGGAGAACGUUGCCUUCCAUCUUCUACACAAGCGCAUACCUCAUUACUCUCACGCUGAUCUGACAUCAUGGUACACGAGUUCUAAGCCACGGGAUCUGGCCAAAGUGCUAGAAUACUUCACAAGUAGAGUGCAAAUGAAUCUAGACAUUCUAGAAGCGAACGAGAUCAUACCUCGUACCAGUGAGCAAGCACGCCUUCUAGGAGUCGAUUUCUUCUCUGUCAUAUCGCGUGGCUCGCAAUUCAAAGUCGAGUCUACCAUGUUCCGGAUCGCAAAGCCCGAGAACUUCAUUCUUGUGUCUCCGAGUCGGAGGCAGGUUGGACAGCAAAACGCUCUCGAAUGCCUACCUUUGGUCAUGGAGCCCCAGAGCGACUUCUACACCAGCCCCGUACUCGUCCUCGAUUUCCAAUCGCUCUACCCUAGUGUCAUGAUCGCAUACAACUACUGUUAUUCAACCUGUCUAGGGCGUGUCACAAGCUGGCGAGGCCGCAACAAGAUGGGCUUCAUGGACUUCAAGCGAGAGCCGCAGUUGCUCGAACUCGUCAAAGAUUACAUCAACAUCGCGCCUAACGGCAUGAUGUACGUCCAGCCCGAGAUGCGGAAAUCCCUUCUCGCAAAGAUGCUGGGUGAACUACUCGAAACCCGCGUCAUGGUCAAAAGCGGCAUGAAGACAGACAAAGACGACAAGCCCUUGCAGCAGCUUCUCAACAACAGACAACUUGCUCUGAAGUUGUUAGCGAACGUCACCUACGGAUAUACAUCAGCUUCAUUCUCCGGCCGUAUGCCCUGCUCCGAAAUUGCCGACAGCAUCGUCCAGACCGGCCGUGAGACGUUAGAAAAGGCAAUUGCCCUGAUUCACUCGGUCGAAAGAUGGGGCGCAGAAGUCGUGUACGGCGAUACCGACUCACUCUUCAUACAUCUCAAAGGUCGCACCCGCGACCAGGCCUUCACCAUCGGCGAAGAAAUCGCAGAAGCCGUCACGAAAGCCAACCCUCGACCCAUCAAGCUGAAAUUCGAAAAGGUAUACCACCCGUGCGUCCUCCUCGCAAAGAAGCGCUACGUCGGCUUCAAAUACGAAUCCCGCGCCCAAACCACCCCCGACUUCGACGCCAAAGGCAUCGAAACCGUCCGCCGCGACGGCACACCUGCAGAGCAAAAGAUCGAAGAGAAAGCCCUCAAGAUUCUUUUCCGCACCAGCGAUCUCUCGCAAGUGAAGGCCUACUUUCAAGCCCAGUGCACAAAGAUCAUGUCCGGCAGAAUCAGCAUCCAAGACUUCCUAUUCGCGAAGGAAGUCAAACUAGGCAUGUACUCCGAGCGCGGUCCGCCACCCCCGGGAGCCCUCAUCGCGACGAAGAAGAUGCUCGCGGAUCCCAGGACAGAGCCCCAGUACGGCGAACGUGUGCCUUACGUCGUUAUCACGGGAGCACCAGGAGCCCGCCUCAUCGACCGCUGCGUCAGCCCGGAGACGCUGCUGCAAAGUGACCAUGUCGAGCUUGACGCCGAGUACUACAUCUCGAAGAACCUCAUCCCGCCUCUGGAGCGGAUAUUCAACCUCGUGGGUGCGAAUGUCAGACAGUGGUACGACGAGAUGCCCAAGAUCAGACGCGUUCGCGACGUCACAAUACCCUUCAUCAGUGGCGGCGCGGUGGACUCUUGCGCGGGAAACGCUCUCAUCCCAGGCGGUGCGGCAAAUUUGAAAAAGACACUCGAGAGCUAUAUGAAAGCGUCCAACUGCAUCGUCUGCCGCGCCAAAUUGACCUCGCCUCCUCCAGUGGCUCGAUCAGAUGCUGAGCAGGUCCUCUCCGUCACACUUCCGCUGUGUACAAAGUGUCUCGCGAAACCGACGAAUACGUUACUAACUUUGAAGACGCGUAUCUUGAAGAAUGAGAAGAGGGUUAAGGAGACGGAUAUGGUGUGUCGUAGCUGCGCGAACGUCCCUUGGAAUGAAGAGAUCAAGUGUGAUAGUAGGGACUGCCCGGUGUUUUAUUCGCGGAUCAAGGAGAGGUCGAAGUUGGCGACACUCCAAGAGGGUGUGGGACGUGUUAUUGAGGUUCUGGAGAGGCAGGAGUUGGAUAGAGAUGAUUUAGAAUGGUAG